AUGAAGAACGAACGCAGGCUCACCGGGAGUGACAUCACAUCAUUGAACAAGGAUCAACCGUUGGGAGUAGACGUCGAUUUUCGAGUUCCAGUUCAAGUUUUGGUUUUCGACGAGAGUUAGGUAAGUAUAAGUUUGGAUGAAAUAUCAGUGUAGGUGCAGCGUAUUCUGUACGAAUUCCGCUUAUUUUUACCUGGAAUGACCUUGUACAGUUUGUACGGCAUUCAUUAUAUGGACAUGGUCGGAGCGAUUACGAAAUCUAGGUGUGUCUUUUAAAAUAUACUAUAGUAAUGUAGUUUUUACGUUUCUCUCCUAGACCAUGUCGAAGGCCAAUGUCUCCAGUGUGAGCAUAUGUGCAGAGCAAAGUUCAAGGCCUAUAGAUCCGCCAGUGAGCGAUCUUGACUUAGAUAGCACUAUUGAUGAAAAUUUUGAUCAAAGUGCAGUGAACCGCGCGAUUUUAAUGAGUUUGAAUCGCUUAAACGAAAAUUUUACAAGCUUAUACUGAGCAAUAUCAGGAAGAUGAUGUUGAAAUAGAUUCUCAGCCAACUGACGACCAUGUUGAGAAUCCUGAAAAUGUCGAUAUUCAGGCGGACAUUGAUAGUUUAAUUCAAUCAGGCGGACAAGUUGACCGUGUUAGUGCCGAUAUCACUAAUGACAAUGCAAAUGAAGCUGAAAUUUUGCAAUAUGAGCAACAAUUAGAUCUUAACGUUGAUGUUAAAGGGCCAGCAAUUAGUCAGAAAAUUGGCGAUUUGGUUAAUAAAUUGCGACUGCAACGAGUAAGCCAAGAUCAAGCUAAAGCGAUCGCCAAACGUCAUAAUACACCCGAAAAUGUUCAAUUACGCCUGCCUAAAUGUGAACCAAGUAUUUGGAAUGAAAUUCCUGGCAAGGCACGCGUUACAGACAUUAAAUUUCAGUCAACACAAGCUGCAUUGUUAGGUUCUAUUAAUUGCCAGCUUGAAGCAACUAAUUCCUUGCUGUCGGCUAAUGUGUCCAAAGAUGUUCUAAACAGUUGUUUAGAUGGCCUCACACUGGCAAUGACUGCUAAUUAUGAGCUCAAUCAACGACGACGGGAUGCUAUCAGACCUCAAUUUAAAGCGGAAUUUGCCAAGGGGCUUUGUAGUACUACGAGUCCAGCUGACGAAUUUCUUUUUGGAGGCGACACUGCUAAACGCGUUAAAGAGAUGGCCGAGUUCAACAAACACAAAGUGUGUAAAGGCUCGACCAGUUUUCGUGGACGAGGUCCGAGAUUUCACCCGUAUGCUACGAGAGGUUUUCGAGGCGGUUCAAUGCGUGGUAGAAGCCAGCGUGGCCACGGUUCUCAGUUUGGUUCUGGUUUUCAUCAGCGCCAGAAUUUUCAGAAUGUGCCCCAGUACGAGCGAAAGGCAAGCAACCAAAAGCCCACUCGCAACUGGUAUGUUGACUUAUUAACUAAUGUUAAAUCACUUAUUUCUGAGCAGCCAGGUUUUAGGGCUGGUAAUACUAAGCAUUGUGUUUCUAAAUGGUCAGAGAUCACAUCUGACCCAGAGAUUUUAGAUAAUAUAGAGCAUUGUCACAUAGAGUUCAUUGAUGACCCUUCUCAAUAUAGCAUUCCAGGGCAUCAGCAUUUUAAUGUCCACCAACAUGAUAUUAUUAGUAAGGAAGUAGAUAAACUACUGCAGCUUGGAGUCGUAUCAAAAUCGAUGCAUGCUGCGGGAGAAUGUAUAUCUCCAAUUUUUGUAGUACCAAAACCGGAUGGUUCAUAUCGAUUGAUUUUUAAUUUUAAGCGCUGUAACCAGGCUGUUCUUUACAGACAUUUCAAAAUGGAUACGCUUGCUGCAAUUCUUAGUCUUGUUACUCCAGGAGCCUAUAUGGCUUCUAUUGAUUUAAAGCAUGCAUAUUACACUAUUCCUAUUGCAGACGAACAACGGAAAUUUCUCAAAUUCGUUUGGAAUGAACAACUGUAUGAGUUUUGUGUACUGCCCAUGGGGCUAACUAGUUCUCCCAGAAUUUUCACCAAAGUCAUGAAGCCAGUUUUGGCUACUCUUCGACAAAAAGGACACAUUAACAGUGGUUUUAUUGAUGACUUUUAUUUUCAAGAUCAGGAAUUUUCGGAUUGCGCAGUUAAUGUAUCGGAUAGU